AUGCUUACGGCUUUCACUCAGAAAAAUCCAAUUUCUAGAUUUGAAGAUUCUGUAAGGCGGAAGAUAUGUGGCCGUGCAUCUUUUUUCAAUUACUUCGAUAGCUACUGUUCGCCCAACACUUUUUUUUAUUCAGCUGCUCAAGUCAGAUCAAUAUUUGGUCACCAUGUCGUCUGCGCCCUCUCCUCUUCGUGCUCUCUUUCUAGGCUUGAGCAAAGAAGGACAAAUUUUAUAAGUGGAUUUGUUUUGAAGUGA